CCACAACAAUGAAAUAUCUACAAUAAACCAAUCAACUUUUAUGAAUCUACCAAAUCUUCAAUAUCUAUAUCUAUACCACAACAUGCUACGAUCUAUAGAGAGAAAUACGUUUGUCUACAUGCCAAGUUUGUAUUAUCUAUAUCUUUAUAACAACAAAAUACAGUCUAUUGAGAAAGAUACGUUUGUCAACAUGACAAAUUUGAAUCGUCUGUUUCUCUACAGCAAUGAAAUAUCUACAUUAGAACAAUCAGCUUUUAUGAAUCUAUCAAGCCUUCAAUAUCUGUAUCUCCACUUCAAUGCAAUAUCUACAAUACAACAGUUAUCUUUUGUUCAUCUACCAAGUCUUCGAUACCUGUAUCUGUACAACAAUGAAAUAUCUACAAUACAACAGUUAGCUUUUGUUCAUCUACCAAGUCUUCGAUACCUUUAUCUUUAUAACAACAAGAUACAGACUGUAGAGAGAAAUACGUUUUUCAACAUGACAAAUUUGUAUGAGCUUAAUCUUUAUAACAACCAUAUACAGACUGUAGAGAGAAAUACGUUUGUCAACAUGACAAAUUUGUAUGAGCUGAACCUACAGAACAAUGAACUAACAGAAAUCGUAGAGAACACCUUUGUUGAUCUUCCUUCGCUUUAUCACCUUGAUUUAAGUGGAAACAACAUUAGUCUAAUUGAAGAACAUGCUCUGGGAAACUUAACUGAACUAUCAACGUUGAACCUUGCUUCAAAUCCAAUCAACUGUGAUUGCAGUGUAAUUCCAUUUUGGUCCUUGAUAAUUGAAAGACCAUCUAUUGGAACAAGUGCUCAAUGUAGCGACGGAAAAUUUGUUUUAUCUCUGAGAUCAGCUGAGCUGGACAAAUGUAAUCCUGAUAAUUGCCAAUGCUGUAAUGGUGGAAAAUGUAUAACGAGCGGGAAUGGAAAAGUUGUUUGUGACUGUAUUGGACAAUGGACUGGCGAAUUUUGUCUAGACAGCCAGUGUAUGACAUACGACUGUGGAUUAGGAAACUGCUUUGUAGAACCCAUAAAUGGUACAGCUCAGUGUGUUUGUGACAACAAACAACCAACCUAUUGUCCUGGUAAGCACCUUUAAAUUAGAUGACGAUCAAAUAAUUAUGAAAUGGAAAGCCUUGACAACAAUCGUAGUAUUUAUCAGUUAAAGACGCAAACCUUAAAAUAUAGCAAAAAUGUAUAUAAAUAUAUUUAAAUUAAUGAGCGAUCUUGCAUUGUUCUGAUUUAUUAAGACCAUUAAAAAGAAAA